AAUUGAACUUUCACUCUUUAUUUACAGAUGGUUGACUUUGAAGAUGGACAAGGAGCCCCCAAGGGGGAGGUGGAGGCCCCUGAACUGCCAGAGAUCAAGCUCUUUGGCAAAUGGUCCCUGGAUGAGGUGCAGCUCAGCGACAUGUCCCUCCAGGAUUACAUUGCUGUGAAGAAGUACUAUGCCAAGUACUUGCCCCACUCUGCUGGCCGUUAUGCUGCCAAGCGUUUCCGCAAGGCUCAGUGCCCCAUUGUGGAACGUCUGACCAACUCCCUCAUGAUGCACGGUCGCAACAACGGCAAGAAGCUCAUGGCUGUCCGCAUUGUCAAGCACUCCUUCGAGAUCAUCCACCUCCUCACUGGAGAGAACCCAGUUCAGGUGGUUGUGAAUGCAAUCAUCAACUCUGGUCCCCGUGAGGACUCCACACGUAUUGGUCGUGCUGGUACUGUCAGACGUCAGGCUGUUGAUGUGUCUCCCCUGCGUCGUGUUAACCAGGCCAUCUGGCUCUUGACCACUGGUGCACGUGAGGCCUCGUUCCGUAACAUCAAGACCAUUGCUGAAUGUCUUGCUGAUGAGCUCAUCAACGCUGCCAAGGGAUCAUCCAACAGCUAUGCCAUCAAGAAGAAGGACGAGUUGGAGCGUGUUGCCAAGUCCAACCGUUAAGUGAAAAUAAAUACAUUACUUGUCA